AUGCCGCCUCGACCAGAUACCCAGGGCGCAGCCGAAGCAGACGGCCUCGCCAAAUUAGCGGCAGCCACCAGAAAUAUCAACAAAGAAAACGUGGUCACCCUCCUCCAUUCCUCAAUUGACCAGGUCGAGGUACAUUCUAUAUAUCUGAGUUGGGAAUGGCGCAAUCGUAUCGUGACUUAUUUGCAGGAGGGAACGCUCCCGCAAGAUAAGAAAGAAGCCAAAAAGCUCCGAAUACAGGCGGCCAGGUACAGCCUCGUGAAUCACGACCUUUACAAAAGGACGUUCGGUGGCCCCCUGGCCAAAUGCCUCCGACCAAACCAAAACGCGGCGGGUAUUAGAAGAAGUACACGAGGGGCACUAUGGUGCUCAUACAGGAAACCGUGCCCUCGUCGGAUGCCUCAUACGUGCGGGAUACUACUGACCCACCAUGAAAAAAGAAGCCGCAGACUACGUCAGAAAAUGUGA